AGGCAGUCAGAGUCAUCGCCAUGCCUUACCUGGUGCCGAUCAUGGCAAUCAGUGUCCCUCGGCCCGUGCCCUGCCAAAUGCCGCAGAUACCACAGCUGCCGCAGCAGUCGCCGCAGCAGAUGCCGAAGAUCCAGGCGGAAGUCCAGGAAGCACAACCCCUCGACCUGGCAUCCCAGAGUACUACGGACAACCUUGAUAAUGAGCUCGACGACAUCAGCGAACUCAGCUGUGGCUGGAAAAGGGCAGUCAGUCUGGGAACUUCUCACUUGCCGGUGGAAAGGACGUUCAUUCAGUUCGACACACGUAUGCACGUCCGCCACAGGAGGUCUCGAUCAGUUUAAGUAAUUUACUAUCAGCAUGUAGUACAACUGCCAUGAAGCCCGAGCGCCUCAUUGGCUUCUGACAGCUAUCUGUUUUUCAACUUCGCCUGCGCGACCACAAGGGCGUGCCAAUCAUCAAAGUUGCCUGUUCAACACACGAAGACAUGGACGACAUGGACUGGUACAAGUCCCUGUUCCCACGCUUCAGUUUUGGAGGACUUGCUACGGGCUGUCAGGAUCCCCAAUGCCUGCAUGGCUCUGCUCUUCGCUUUUGCUUCUCGGACAUUGGGCCACUGGCAGCCUCAGGCUGGUCAGAUCUCACAUUCGCGAGCCCUACGAGCUUCGCAAGCUUCGGCAUUUCCAACGCGGAACGCGUUCGCUCUUGCAGCGGGUCAUGCUCCCGCAGGAACCCGUCGCGACUGGCCUUUCCUCCUGCGUGGGGCAUGCUGUCUGCACAGAGCUACCUAAGAAGUUGGGGUACUGCCCAAUUCUGUCUUUCUCAAGUACUUCACGUGCCCGCUAGUGGAGGAG